AUGCAGAGCUCGUCCACCUCUCAAAAAUUUCAGCCUUGCUUUUCGGGCAAGUCGCACUCUCAGAUGAAGGUCGUUGUUUGCGACGUACCUUACCUUACGGAUACCUCCACUACGGGAACUGAAGCUCGACCGAUCGUGAAUUCUUUCAAUCGGCAACGCUGCGCAUUGCGAACACAUUUCCGCAACGGAGUCUUCAACACACCUAGCGUCGAGAGGGAACGAAACGCGACGUCCAUUCGACCAGCCAAACCUACCGUCACAUGGCAUAUAUGGCUAAGCUUUCCUCGCUUCUACACAACUAAGCGCAGUCUCCCGACCGAUCCCAAGAUGCCGGCCGCCGUCACGCCUCAGCGCCAUGAGGUGCCCGGGGUCGUUGCAUUUGCAAAAUUGCUGGACGGCCUCCUGGCUCGCUCGAUGGAGGUCAAGUCUACACCCACCAUCGAACCAGCAUUACAAAAGGCAGACUUUGGUGAUCUGCAGGAACAGCUUGCUCGCGUGCUUGCGAUUCCGGGAGUCUCAGAAGAGAAUGGCGUCGGCAUUGCGAUUCAGAACAAAGCCCAACAAUUCGCUAUCAUCGAGACUGCCGUAAGAGAUAUGUUCAGCAAUCUGAUUGCCACGACACCCAUCGAAUCCCCAGAUUUCGUCAAGGUCUGGAACUUGUUUGACCUCCUGACUGUGCUCUCCGACGACGAAAAAUGCGACCCAGCCUUGUUAUUCUGGCUGGUGGAAGAACUCCUGGACAGCCAAACAAUCGCCGGAUGCCGCAAGAUCUUCGACUUUCUUGAAUCGAGACGCGAGAGGAUUACCGUGAAGCAUUUCAAGCAAAAACAAUUGGUGAUCCUUCGUAGCUGUAACGAACUCCUGCGACGUCUCUCUCGAGCUGAGGAUACUGCUUUCUGUGGUCGCGUCUUCAUCUUCAUGUUCCAGAGCUUUCCCCUGGGAGACAAGAGCUCCGUCAACUUGCGAGGAGAAUACCAUACCGAGAAUGUCACUGUCUUUGACGAUUUAAGUGCCAAGGCUGAGGAGACUACCGAGCAAAUGGACGUGGAUAGUCAGACGGGGGCUAGGGAAACAGAGUCCAAGUCUCAACCAAAGGCCGUUUCAUUUGACGCGAAGAAGUCACUGCAGAGCGAUCAGCCGCUUGAGCCAGAUGCUCUGUAUCCCUUGUUCUGGUCUCUGCAGGAGACUUUUAGCCAGCCCAAGAGAUUGUUUGAUCCUGCCCACUUGAAUGAGUUCAAGCGCGGCUUAGAAGCGACAAUGACAUCUUUCCGAGCAAUUCAAAGCGAGCAGGGUCAGCGGCCGCCAAAAGCGGUAGAUGAGGCCCAACGAGGCUUCAAACGGAAACGAGCAGAUGUGGAAGAGAGCGACUUGGCAAACUCAUACAAUCCCAAAUAUCUGACAAGCAGAGACCUCUUUGAAUUAGAGAUGAGCGACAUUUCUUUCCGCAGACACAUCCUCGUUCAAGCCUUGAUCAUCAUGGAUUUCCUUCUCUCUCUUUCCCCGAAAACAAAGGAGAAACUGGCCGGCAACGCUCAAAAUAAAUCGGUGAUUUACCUCGGCCAGGUUCUUACCGAAGAAGACACGAAAUGGGCGACAGAGAUGAAGAAGACGAUUGUCGACAAGUACCUCAAGCAUGGGGUUGACGGUCCGUAUUUCAGUCGAAUGGUCGAAACGGUCCUUGCCAGAGAUAAGAACUGGAUUCGUUGGAAGUCGGAGAACUGCCCAUCAAUAGAGUUGCCCGCAGUAUCCCCAGAGACAUUUGACGAGGCCAAAAAGGCAGCUCAGCGUACAACGACAAAGAAGCGAUUAAGGGCCACGCCGAUGGGGUCUCUACCCCUCGGUUUCCUGGAUGAUGGCGAUGACGAGCGUGCGAUGAAGAAGCUCAAGGCCCUGGAAAGAUACAGCCUGCCAGAGCUUGAGAGCUUCAAGGGGAAGAUUGCCAACGACGACUUUGAGAUCGACAUGUCAAACACCCCCCAGGAAAAAGCGCCUUUUAUUGAAAGCAAAGCGAGUAAGAGUUGGCGCGCCCUCCGUAUAGCAGGCAAAUCAAGGUUGGCCUCAUUCGACAAGAUCGACGAUCCGGAAAAGAUCGACGCCAUAUUUGAGGAACCGGUCGAUGUAGACGAAAGCGAGGCUGCCGAGGAAGCCGUAAAAUCUGAAGACGUUCCCGAAGACAAGCGCCCAAUCAUACUCUCAGGACCGCCCGGUGCAGGGAAAGCGACACUUUUUCAAUUACUCGCAAGCCGACGUCCUGGAGCUUUUAAAUACGUGCCACGGCAUACGACGAGAAAGGCACAAGAAGGCGAGGCUGAGGGCAAAGUCUUCUACUUCGUCGAGAAACAGGCCUUUAACAUGCUGAGAGAUGGCGAUGCGUUAUUGGAGUUUACCACGAUAGAUGAUGUGGACUAUGGCACGAGUCGGAAGGCUUUAGAAGCGGUUGUCGAGGGUGGCAAGGUCCCAGUCACCUACAUGGAUAGCGAGGCCAUCCAACAAACUCGCGACCUUGGCUACUUGGCACGGACAAUUCUUAUCUUGCCACCAAGUAGGGAAGUUUUGGAAGAACGCUUGCGAAAGGCGGAGAAAGGCGAUUUGGUUGCAGACGCCCUUAGCAAAGCUGCUCCCUACUGGGAAGAAGACUCGAAGUUAAAGGAUGGGUUUGAUUUGGUUCUGACCAACGAGGAGCUCGACGCCACUUUCAAGACGCUGGAGGAACACAUCUAUGGCAAAGCCGAAGAGGCCGAGCUCAGCAAUGGCAAGCCAGACAACGAGGCAGCAGUAGAUGAAGCGGACACUAUCAUGGACGAUGCUCCGGUAGAGGCGCCGCAAGAACCCCAGGAGUCUCAAGAAGCUCAGGGAGUUGAGGAGACCGAGAAGACCGCGGAAGCACAAGAGACAGAAGAGACCAAAGAGAAGGUCGACGAGGCCAAGGCUGACGAGGUAAAGGAGGCAUCCUAG